GAAGUUUGAGUUGCAGAGCUCUCAUUCAUGAACAAAUUUUAUUGAAUUUGUUUAUUAUAUUUUCGUAUAGUUAGUGUUUGUGUGUCUAUUUUUGGUUUUAUGCAGGAUUUAAAUGAUUUGUGAGUUGUCUGCUUGAUAAUUAUGAAACAAAAGGACCAAACAGAUAGAAUCUUAUUACAUGAUAUUAAUAAUUUAUAUCAUUAGGUGUUAAAAUGUAUGCAGCAUGUCUUUUUUGAGUGCUUCGGAAAAUGUGGGUUUCAGCGGUAUAUCCCAAAAUAUAUCUGAUGCGAGUUGUGCUACACAAUAUAAGAUGGCAGUUGAGAGUGUCUCAGGGGGCUGCAGUAGUGAAGUAAAUAUGUUCAUCCAAGAUAGUUCUGGUGAUGAACAGUCAUAUAUAUCACAUAUUAGUGAUAGCUUCUUCCAUACCAAAUUUAAAAUAGAUCCAAGUGAAUUAUACACUUUUCACGAUUCCGAUGUCAUUGCUGGAGAGAUUACUGUAAGUCAUACAGAUGAUAAUUACCUUUUUCCGGAGAGCUCAGAAUACAAAUCAAAGUUCUUGGGGAGUUCAUUAAAGGAAAUUGAUUUAUUGGGUUCCUUAACUAAUGGUGAGGUAAAUAAUGAUAAAAAACACACUGUGACAAAUGGUCACUAUUCUAAAAUAAUAGAUGAUAUUGCCGUUAAUGAAACAGAAUCAAAACCGAUCCCCAAAGGUCAAAAACUGAGGAAUUCUGUACAGAGUCAUGACAAAGUAAAACAUACCAUCUCCAGCCCUACAGUUUUUAACAAUACAAGUCUAUCUGCAAACAAUAGUAAGACAGUCGUGAGUAACGGCAAGAAUAUUGAAAAGACUGCUCCUGCAAUAUCUCCGUCUGAAACAUUUUUAGAUGUAUUUAAAAGAGAACAAGGUGUGACAGAGAAUACUACAGUUAAAAAUGAGCCAACACUAACACCAAUUAAACCACCGAUACCAAUAGCCAAAAAGCAGACUUCUGGUAAAACCAAAUCCGUAACUCCAUCCAAGCCCCGUAAGGGUCGUGGGCCUACGAUUCAUGAAGCACUGCAACGGAUACCAUUGCAACGGAACGCUGUUGCCUUAAAAAAUACAAGAUGGCAGGCGCCCGGGGAGGAAAUGUUCCAAUGUGGACCUCUGAGUGAAAAAAAAGUUAAUGCCUUCCGACAACUGGACACGAGCAGUAGUGAUGAUGAUAAUAUGCCAGAAUUUGAAAUUGGUGUGGGUCCGGUAUGUGUGGAGGAGAGUGCGGCGGAGUCCCGCGGGGCCCGUCUGGCGCUCCGCAGCGCGGCCAUGAGAAGACACGUGGUCAGGGCUGCCACGAGCCUGAAACUAAGCAAGGAUCACAGCGAGCUCAGGGCUCUGACUUCAAUGAUUAAGAAACAAUUGAGUGGCCAGAGCUCUACAUGUCGUCUUCCGCCACAAACCUUGAACUAUUUACUGGCUAAGCGCGGUCUCUCUGAUAUACUGAGCCAACAGGAACGCAGGUGGCUUAGACAAAGCGGCUGGUCAGGCGGUGAGAGUAUUAAAUCUGAAUCAUCGACGUGCGCCGAGGAGAGGUGCACUCAACCCCCACUACCGUCGAGUCGGUAUUGUCUAUCACAUGUCACUCUAGCGCCCGAACAGCGGCUUUACGCUGCUUGCGCAGCUGUGUUCGCUGGCGGUGAGCGCUGCAAACAACCGCUUUUACCGCUGCAGGAACAGACGCCGUUAUGCACAGAACACGCUUGGAAAAGGGAUAACUACGAGCUUCUGAGUCGUGAAAGCAAGCCUAAAUCUGUGCGUAAGCGAGUUUGGUCUGUGAGACCGGCUCGUCCGCCUCGCCCACAACGCCGACCAAAAAGACGCAGGCGGGCUCCCGUUAAAAACACCGCAGAGCAAUCGCUGUCCGAAAUCAAUGUGUGUUCCAAUUCAUCUACAUAUGAUAGCUCAGAGGAUACGGCUAUGGGAGGGCUCAGUGAGAGCGAAUACAUGACUGCUAGCGCUUCCCAUGAACUCGAGGUCGGUCAAGUUCCGCCGGAUGAUAUACUGGAUCCGUCUGUCCUAAGUCAGAUUCCUGACGAAGAGUUCACUGAGUUUUUCAAUCAAGCGGAGAGUGGAGCUUCGUUCGUGGAAGGUUCAGAGCUGGUUGCAGCGCUGGAGGCUGUGUUGGACGACAGACCGAUUGAUAUAGAUGCCCUGGCUACGGGACGAAAGAUACCAAUACACACCGCAGUCAGUAUGGAAUCAUCGAGCACGCCUUCAUAACAUUAUUGCUAAGCUAAAAUAAUCUUUAUGUUGUAAGCAUUUAGGAACAAAAUCGACAUCGUUAGUCUCAAGAGUUUCGUGCUUUGAGUUGGUGUGUGCAUGUUAGGAAAUGAUAGGAUUCCGAAUAAUAGGGAUAUAGUUUGAAACGAUGAGGGGGUUCCGAUAAAUUUGAUUGGAUAUUUGUUUUUUAUUUUUUUUUUUUAUUAAUUUUUUCCUAGCAUAAAUUAUACGUAUUAUAAAAACCAUUGGCAUUUUUAAGGUUUUCAACUAAGCGGUGAUCUUAUCAGUAUUAAUUUUAUAAUUAUUAUUAAUACGAACGAUAAUUUUUUUUUUUUUCUUCGAGUACUUAAAUUUAUUUUCAUUAUAUUCGACAACCAAAACGCGAGCAUUUAAAUAAAUAUAAUUCGUUGUAAAUAUUGGUUAAUUUAAACUAAAUUUAUUUAAUUGAUGUUAUUUAAAACAUUUGUCGGUCCUCGCUUAUUGUAUAGCAUAGAAGAAAUGUUUAGAGAAUGAGACCAUAACUGUAUUGAGAAUUCGACUUAAAGACAUCGGAGUCGUUUGAUUGGUUGAAAAUCUCAAUUCACUAUUGGUCGAUUCGUUGAAUUGAUGUCCUGUGAUUGGUCGGAAUGUUUGAAUUGCUUUAGACUGUAUAGUUCGAAAUAUUGACAUGGCGUUGAAGUAAUAUUCCAGAAAUAGUUUUCAAAUUAAUCUAGACUUAGGGACGGUACGUUCAUUCUAUAAAAUUUAUUUCUAUUUUUGUAAUAUCAUUUAUAAAGGACGAUAAUUGUGUAUAAAAAUUAUAAACAACAAACUUUUAUAUAACACUUGUCUUUUUUUGGUACAUAUUUGCUACAGUUUUGCAAAUAAUCUGCAUGUCACGCAGACACCAAUUUUUUUUAUAUACGUGAACAAAAUAUGAUUAUAAUUAACAAUUAUAUUAUUGUGUUUUGUAUACACACAAUGUUAUUUUAGUAAAACUGUAACAAAUUUAGUAGCACUAGCGAACUCUAUUGCAUAAUUUAUCCUUAGAUCAUUUGAUAUUUGUCAAAGUGAAGCCGUAGUUUAUAAAUUUUAGUAGACUAACAUAUAUAUACCUAGGGAUAGUUUUAACAGAACCAAUUGAAAAAAAAAAGUAACGUAUUUUUGUACAGACGUUUUAUGUUCCUAUAAAAAUAAUUCACGUGAUUUUUCGUAACAGAAUUGUGUGAGCCCAAAAAUUUUUUAUACAAAAAAAAUAUAUUAUAAUCCACCUUUUAACAGCGGGGAACUUUAUAUAGUACAUAUGGUGUAUGUAAAGUACGUACAUCAAAUGUGAUAGCUCUUCAUACUUUGCAUAUACCGUGAGACUGAUGGUGAGUCGGACGAAUGAUUAAUUGAUAUUACACGGCAUUUAUACGGUAACACGUCGGAUUGAACUGGAAUUGUUCCGUUAAAUACAUUAACUUAGAAUGACUUUGCAUCUUAUAAACCGGAUGUUUCCAUGUUUUGUGAUCAAAAACGAUGACACUCAUAGAUUCACAGAAUGUAUGGGAUACAUUUAAUGCAUUUAACUAAAUUGUGUUCAUCAAUGUACCCUUUCACACACUUAUAGUUUUCAUAUUAAUUUUCGUACGAAAAUUAUAACGCUUCAGCUCGUUCAACAAUAUUCGACAAAGGUUUGUAAGUGGAUUGACCUUUUUUUUUUUAUAAAAAUGCCGUGUAAAAAGCUUUAAAUACAUAUAUUCAAAAUAUUUAUUUGUCUUCAUCCAUCAUACUAUUUUCAAUAAUAUUUUAAUUCAAUUUGUUUGUCCAAAGUUAAAUAAUAAUGCAUUCUAAAAAUUUUUGCUAACUAGUGUUUUAAUAAGUUUCGCUUAACAGAUUCCAAAUGACAUCUGUCAGUGUAAAAUGGCGCGAAAGGAUGAAAUGUCAUCCGAUUAAAUAAUUUUUGCAUCACUUGUUAUUUGUUAAUAACUUUAUGUAAGGCGUAACAUAUUAUUGUAACAUUUAUAUAUUCAGCAUGAAGCCGUCAUAUACCAAUUUUCGCAUUAUUUCCGCACUCAGUGUAGUUUAGUUCUGUAUACGCUUAAUUCUCCAUAAGCAGUAAGUACCUGUAAUUUCGUUUUAUAACAAUAUACAAGUAACAAUAGGUUUAGUUUGUGUAAGUUCUAUGUAUUUUUAAUUGCAGUUUAUUUAUUGUUUGUACUUUUGUAGUUUCGAACCGACUGCGCUUUGGGAGAUUAACAUUAUGUAAGGAAAUGCACCUUAGUUAUUAGGAACGACUGGUUUGAUAACGAGUAACUUAAUCAUUAUAAUUUAAACAAACACAUUAUUCUGCAUCUGAACGGGGUCUCAAUUUAAAUAUAUAUUUUUACUAUAUCGACAUUUUGAUUUGAUCGACGUUAAUUCAUCUCUUAUUUGAUCGUAAAUUCAAAUGACGUCUAUGUCAAAUAGUGAUGUACGUUUAUAUGAAUAUCGAUAAGUUACUGACUUUACGGUUGGAUUUGAACAUAUCCACGAUAUAAAGUUUAGUGUUAAAAUAUAAUUGGAAAUCAUUUUGGGAUAAUGCCAAUGAGUAGUUCGUGAUAUAUAUAUCGUUUGAAUAAUAUAUUUGGCUAUGGUGUAGUGUCGUGUGUUAGAGGUUGAAUUAUGGUAAUGUGUAAGAUUCAUCUCGUCGAUAUUUGUCUAGCAGACACUAAUACAGAGAUCAUUGUGUAUAACAUAAUCAAUAAUUUAAUUUAUGAUUGUAUGAUUUAUGAUUAAUUUUUGUUCUUGAAAUAUAUACUAAUACAGAUUAAAAAUAUUUUAUAUUCUCAUGUGUAAUGUAUAGUUUGUGUUGUAAUUUUCACUUUGGGCAACAUUUUCUUAAUGUUUAAAUAUUAAUGAAACAGUUGUUAUAUAUUAUUUUUAUUAAUAAAGCAUGUAUUAUGUUUUGCUUGACAAAUAGCAGCGAGAUCCUAAGGAUUUGCAAUAAUUUGUGGUUAAAAUAUGAAACUGCUACCUCUUUGAUUGCCUGAUAUUAAUGUCGGUAUAUUGUCCAAUGCGUGUAAGAUGUUGAAUUUUAAAUAAAAAUAAGAGUUACUCGUA